AUGUCUGAUUACGAAGGUGGCAUAGAAGCCGUUGUUGAGAAUCCUCUUGUGGGUCAAAUCAAGUCAUUUGUGGCUGGUGGUUUCGGUGGUAUCUGUGCUGUAGCAGUCGGUCAUCCGUUCGAUCUCAUCAAGGUUCGUCUGCAAACAUCUGCUCCUGGAACAUAUUCAGGUACUUUGGAUGUGGUGAAGAAAACUCUCGCUGCAGAUGGUGCUCGUGGUCUUUACAGAGGUGUUGUUGCUCCAUUAUUGGGAGUCACGCCUAUGUUUGCUAUUUCAUUCUGGGGUUACGAUUUGGGUCAGAGAAUUGUGAAAUCAGCUUCUCCCUUGAAAGAAGGUGAGAAACUGUCGAUUUCUCAAAUCUCUGCUGCAGGUUUCCUGUCUGCUAUCCCUACCACAGCUGUAGCUGCUCCUUUCGAGCGUGUUAAGGUUAUCCUGCAAUUGCAGGGCCAAAAUGCUAAACCCGGUGCCAAACAGUUCAAUGGUGCUCUUGACGUUGUUUCGCAUCUUUACAAAGAGGGUGGUUUGCGAUCUGUCUUCAAAGGAUCCGUAGCCACUUUAUGUCGUGAUGGACCCGGUUCAGCUUUGUAUUUUGCAACUUAUGAAUACCUCAAGCGUAAAUUGACUCCCGAAGGUACAACUAUGUCAUUGGGAGCUAUCUCGUUUGCUGGUGGUAUGGCCGGUGUUGCUAUGUGGGUUCCUGUAUUCCCCAUUGACACCAUCAAAUCCAACUUACAAUCGUCUCAAACACCUCAAUCUAUCGGCCAAGUUACCCGAAACAUUUACAGAUCUGGUGGAUACAAGGCCUUCUUCCCAGGUCUCGGUCCCGCCUUGUUACGUUCGUUCCCUGCUAACGCAGCAACCUUCGUAGGUGUCGAGCUUGCUCACAAGUUUUUCCAAACGCUUAACAUCUAG